AUGCCAGCGAAUGGCAAGGCUCCUGCAAAGAGUGCAAAGAGGGGCUCCAAGGCUUUGCUGGGUGCUGCGGCCCCCAAGGUGAAGGUCCUCCCAACCCACGUGAACCUCACCGACAUGCUGCCUGUUCUGGCAGAGGAUGAAAAGAACGUUGCACAGAUGGACCCGGGAUUCAUAGGUUAG